UGUAGCAUGCACGCAGAGGUAGAACGUCUUAUCUACAGUGAGAGAGAGAGAGAAAGAGAGAGAGGGAGAGAGAGAGAAAGAGAGAGGGAGAGAGAGAGAGAGAGAGAGAGAGAGAGAGAGAGAGAGAGAGAGAGAGAGAGAGAGAGAGGGGGAAACAGCUGCAAGCAGAUACUCAACAUCAACAAGCUGCAUGAGGCAUCUGUAAAGAAGAAGAGGGGAUUUAGCGAGGACUGCGAGGAGCUUCCUUGCGUUUUCGCCCUCCGUUGCUUUUUGAUUUAAAGAUCAGAGGCGUGGAGCUUUGCAAGAAUAUCCUACAAGUGGUGAAGCGAUGGUUUAGCGGACCAAUUUGGCAUUCUUUUUUUUUACAGCACACCCGCCCCAACGGCACUGUAAUUCCGAGCAGCAGCAACCCCCCCCCCCCACCCCAAACAUCUGUGGACGCUUUUCUGGAGAGAGAUGGCUGUUUUACCGCUGUCGCUGCUGCUGCAAGUGGGAUUUGUGAUCGGAUCUAUACAUGAAUACGCGGAAGAUCUCGGAGCACAGGAGGCGAUUUACGGCGCUCAGGCGCUCCGUCGGCAGCUGGCGCAUCUCCGUGCGCCUCAGCUUCCUCCCGGGGAGACGGUGGAGCUGCCGCAGAAAAUAGAGGAGCGUCUCCCCAGGGUGGUCACGGCUUAUCUUCACACGGGGGACUCGACCACCUUAAGGCACGCCAACUGCUCGCGGAGGUACGAGCUCACCUCUCGGCGGGGAAGGUCACGAGCCACCCCGCAUUACUCCAUGAGCAGCGUGCUGGAUACUGUGCUGCACGCCACAAACUUCCUCAGCAUGCUCUUGCAAGCCAACAGGUCCAGGGAGCAGAGUCUCCGGCGAGACAUUGAGUGGUACCAUGCCUUAGUCAGGAGUAUACUGGAGGGAGACGCCAAGAUUCACCGGGCGGUCGUCACUUUUAGCGCGGAUUCGUCCGUGGCGGGGCCCUCGGUGCUUCUCCAAGCCACCAGGGCCGGUGGAGAGAUAGUCCUCCAAGACCUCUCCAGCGUGGCCCACCACCAUCUGCACAACCGCACAGCAGACACAGAGUGGUACCACGACGUCAAAGACAGGAAGAAGCCCAGUUUCCAUAAGAAGGUGCUGAGCCAAGAUUUUAGAUCAGUUGACAAUUCUUUAAAAAGAGGAGAGAGUUUUAUUCCGGACAAGACGCAUGUGAAAUGGUCUGCGCCCUACCUGGAGUGUGAGAAUGGGAAUUUUGUUCCCCGUUGGCUUUUGACCUUAUCGGCUGCUUUCUAUGGCCUGAAGCCCAACCUGGCUCCUGAAUUCAGGGGCGUGGUGCGAGUGGACAUUAAUCUGCAAGAUGUUGAUAUCGACCAGUGCUCCACUGACGGCUGGUUUGCUGGAACCCAUCGAUGCAACCUGACCACUAUGGAGUGUUUGCCGAUCCAGGGUUAUGGAUUUGUCUUGGACAAGUACACGUGCCACUGCAAGAAGGGUUUCUACCACCCCAACAGAGUGGCUGUCAACGGCUUUACAAAGAUGGGAAGAAAGGGAAAAGCUGCAGAGAGCGGUCCCAAUGUGGACGAGGGGUCUUCCAGUGACUGCCUGCCAUGCCAGCAGGGCUGUGCCUACUGCAAGGACGACACCCCCUGUGUGGCACGAGAGGACGGCCCCCUUCGCCUGGCCGUGCUCUCCUUCCAGUGCCUGUGCUUGCUGAUUGUCUUCGUUAGCAUGGUGCUCAUCUACCACUUUCGCAGGAAUAAGAGUAUCAGAGCAUCAGGUCUAGUCCUACUGGAGGCCAUCCUGUGUGGAGCUCUGCUUCUCUACUUUCCGGUUGGGAUUCUCUAUUUUCAGCCGAGUGUUUUCCGCUGCAUCCUUCUGCGAUGGGUUCGGCUGCUGGGUUUCGCUACCGUCUAUGGGACUCUGACUCUUAAGUUGUACAGGGUGCUGAAGGUGUUCCUGUCCCGUACAGCCCAGAGGAUCCCCUAUAUGACCAGCUGGCGAGUGUUGCGUCUGCUGGGCAUCAUCCUGCUUAUCGUCUGCUGGUUUCUGGUGGCUUGGACAUCUGCCGUCUGUCAGAACCCGGACAGGAAAUUGGCUCUCAUCGACGUGGGAUACACGCCCAGCGGGCUGCAGUUCAGCAUGUGCCUGCUGGAUCGCUGGGACUACAUGAUGGCUGUUGCUGAGUUCCUCUUCCUGCUGUGGGCAGUGUACCUUUGUUAUGCUGUAAGGACGGUGCCGUCUGCGUUCCAUGAGCCUCGCUACAUGGCCAUCGCUGUUCACAACGAACUAGUUCUGACGGCGAUAUUCUAUAUCAUCAGGUUCACUCUUGCUCCAGAGCUCCAUCCAGACUGGAUGCUGCUGCUGUUCUUCACCCACACCCACUUAACUGUAACAGUAACACUGGGUCUACUCCUCAUCCCUAAGUUCCUGUUUGCAGACACCCACAUGAGAGAGGAUAUAGCCUCUGAGGCCUAUGAGGACGAGCUGGACAUGGGUCGUUCCGGGUCGUAUCUCAAUAGCAGCAUCACAUCAGCGUGGAGCGAACACAGUCUGGAUCCUGAGGACAUUCGGACACCAGACGAAACGAGCCAUCUCAGUUCUAUUAAUGGCUGUGGCGUAAGGUCUUGCGACAGUCUUUGGGAAAAACGUACCAACGAGGAGCUGAAGAAACUCUACUCCCAGUUGGAGAUUUACAAGAGGAAGAAGAUGCUGGCAAACAACCCUCAUCUCCAGAAGAAACGGAGCUCCAAGAAAGGGUUGGGUCGCUCACUGAUGAGGCGCAUCACUGAGAUUCCAGAAUCAGUGCACCGGCAAUGCAGCCGCGAAGACAAGGAAGCUGGAGAACACGGGAGCAACCGCAACAGCAUCUGCAUGUUAAAGAAGAACCCAUUUGAUUCGACUCACCCAGGAAAGCCAGCGAAAGAGGAGACGCUAAAGAACAAGGUUUUCUCCCUCAAGAAGUCCCACAGCAGCUACGACCACGUCCGUGACCAGGGUGAAGACUCCAACAGCUCAGCGACAGACAAGAUGGAGGUGACCCCAGCUGAAGGCUCCCUCCUGGAUACACUUAUGGGCAAGAAGCUGGUCAAGAAGCAGUCCAGUGAGAACGUAAGUGUCCCCAGUGAAUCUACAGAAUCAGUUCCUUUGGUCUGCAAGUCAGCCAGCGCCCAUAACCUCACUGCUGACAAGAAACCAAUUCAUCCUAGAGCCUCCAUGCUGCAAAAGUCCCUCAGUGUCAUCGCCAGUGCCAAAGAGAAGACUUUGGGGUUCACAGGAAAGACCCAGAGCACGGAGGAGAGCAAUAAGAAGAGUCAGCCAAAGAGCAAAGACACAAGGGCCAAUGCAGAGCCAGAAAAUGAGUGCCAACCCAAGAUGAUUAUUAGCCAGUCGGUUGAGUACAAACAGACUGCGCCAAUAGGCAGGAUCAUGAAACAGCCAGUGAGCGGCAGCCAGCCUACUAUCUGUUCCGAUCCAGUCAAGGGAAAGGACCUCUACGAUGUCUCAGAAGUGUGUCCCUGGGAAGUGGAGGAUCUCCCAACUCCAUCUGAAAACAAGGUCCAAAAGCAUGUAUCCAUCGCACCUAAGGAAACCACGACGGUUCACGGAGGUAGCACCAAGGGAGGCAAAUCUCAGAAGCAGAAAGCGUCUGAUCAAUCUCCAUCGAGUGGCAGACAUUCACAGGAAAAUCAGAAGACAACCUCUGUACGAGCGGAGAUAUGUCCAUGGGAAGAUGGAGGUGAAAGUCAAGGCAGUCAAGUGGAAAGCCCAAAGCAACAAACAUACAGUCAGGCAAGCAAACCUGCCAAGACCCAGCAGCCUCAUUCUACAACAGAGAGCUCCAACAAAAAACAGGAAGAGGUUUGUCCAUGGGACUUCGAAGAGACCCAAAAGACAACAGAGCUGGCUUGUUCACCAGAUAUGACAACACAAAGAAAAGGCACCUCUCCUGUGGAUGGGAAAGAGAGAAGUACCCUUUCAGAUCCAUCCAAAACAGGAGGCUCACUCCAGCCACCAUCUUCAAAAGCUGAUGUAUGUCCCUGGGACUACGACAGCACUGCCGUAUCUCCAAGUUCUGAGAGGACACCUAGUCCCUCUCGAGCAUCCAAAACCAAGAAGGGUACCCCUUCCACAAGAACAGUUGAGAAAGAGAAAUCAAAAGACGCUGAUGAUGAGAAAAGUAGAACAAAAGCUAAGGACAAGAGUAAAUCUUCAGAGAAACACGUGAGCCAACAAAAAAUGGCUGAGGUAUGCCCGUGGGAUGUAGAGAGUCAUCAGGAAGUGCCAGUGGUAGAAAAAAAGAAAAGUGUGAAUGUUGGAGCAGCCAAAGCAAAGCCAGCUGAAGUCUGUCCAUGGGAUUUUGAGGAUACGUCAGAUAAAAAAGGUACAGACACAAGUGUAGUGAAACAGUGCAAUCCAAAAGGCGGAUCUGCAGGUUCUGCUAAAAAGGCAGAUGUUUGUCCCUGGGACUUUGAGGAUAGCACAUCAAGCAAGAAGGCAUGACACUCACCCCUAAUGGACCACUGAAAUUAUAGUUAUUGACGUAUCCUUUUUCACUUUGAAAUCGUUAAAUAUUACCUUUUACUAUUGGUAUGGUGGCUUGGAAGAAAAGUUGAUCAAGUUCCACAAGUUGCCUUCCUUUCCAAGGUUUUGUUCCUGUUUUACCUAUUUUGAAAACAAAUAUGUACAAAAAAACAAAACAAAGUCAUGACAAGCAUUCCAGAUUAUUACAGGAAAAUCCUGAAGAUAAAUCUUAGACUAAUUAUGCAACUUUUGAGUCAUCCUUUUCACUUCAUAAGCAAUGUUGAAAAUCUGCAUUUUUCAUGUUCUGUAUUCAGUCAACAAUUCAUACAUGGUUCUUUUUGUGCAUUAACAUCGUCACUUAAUGGACUAAGAUAGGACUUGUACAGAUGAUAGGAUUUGUAGAGAAAAAUAAUUAUGAAAUUAAGGUUGAUGUACAAAACAGCAAAAGUGAAAGCCAAAGAAUAAGGGAACAUUUGCAAAGAUACAUGUUGGAUAUAAGGCGGUAAAUAAUUAGUUUGUGUCCAAUCCUUGGCAAAGAGGGAAGGACUCUGCGAGGAAUCAGUCUAUAGCACUUUAGCCAACUCCAUAAAUAAAAUAACUGAGGACAGACUCUGUUCUUCUUGUAAAUUCUGUCUGCUCAUUUUCAACUUCAUGGCAUGAUAACCACACAGGAUAUCACACACCGACCAAACUUAGACAUGUUUUUUGUUUAGAUCUAUUUAAUUGUAGUUCUCGGCAGAUUAAAAUGCUUCCAAUUCUGCAGAGAUGUACUGUAUGUGCCUAACUAACUAGCAUUGUCUUGUAUCAGUCUGAAGUAAAGCAAGUGGCUUCUCCUUCAGCACUUUGUGACGGUGAAUUAUAUAAACAGCAUGCACAGCCAGGUAUCGAGAGUAGUCGGACCCUACCAGUUUGUCAACUAAAGCAGUUAAUGUGUUGACACAUAUAUAAUGUUGUUUUUUUAAUACCAGAGGCACUCCUUUUCCUGCUUUGAUAUUUCUAAAGCUCAUUCAGGGUGGUGAAGAUUAUAUGAGAGCAGCAUUAACAUGAAUGUGUGUCAAAACGGCUCAUAUGUACACUGUAAAAAGUAGAGAGAGAAAAAUACUUUGUUCAUGAAUCCAGCAUGAGUCUUUGUGUUGGCUUGCACCAAGUGUGUGUGGGUGUGUGGGGGAGGGGUGUCUGUGUCUGUGGACACAAUAUCAUGAAUUUAAAGUGAAAAUGUAAUUCUGUAGUUGAACAUCUGGAGUUUCAUACAUGAUCAUGUCUUGGCAGCGCUUUCUGUCCUUACAUUCCCUCUCAAACACCAAAACUAAAAGGGGAGCAGGUCACCAAUUUCAUUUUACAAACAGCUGAUAGAACCUGCUGCUUAAAAGGAUAAUAUUAGGUUAUUUUAACUAGGGCCGUCUUUUACGAUUGGUAACAAUAACUUUCUGAGACCUGGAACCUGCAACAUCACCACAACAAAGUCUAAUUUGGCAACAAACCCAUGCAGUCAGAUUAGCAUACAUACAAAUGAAGGCGACCGGUAAAAUACAAUUAUUACCAGACCCAAACGGAAUCUUUUUUUACAGUUUUCAGCGGUCAUCCAGAAUUAAAAUCUGCGGAAUAUAGCGGACUUGUUUUGACUUGCUUGCUUGUCGUGGAGAUGUGUUAACAUUCAGAUUUAAAAACAAAUCUGCAGAAAAUCUGCGCUCGCAGAUUCCGUGUGGCCCUCAUUAUUACCCAACCUUUUUAUUUACAGACCGACUUCCUGGUUCUACUUUGACCUACCAUACUUAACGUAGUUGUGUGUGCACACCGUUUCCCUAUGCGAUGAGGGUUUAUUAUAGCCUGAUAGUCACACUGAAUUGCCAUUUUGUUUCACUUAAUGCAUUUAACUUAACAUAGUGGUCAUGUUAGCCAAUUUCUCAAUGAUCAUAGAAAUAUAGUAAUACUGUAUAAUAGUUGUUAUUUUUGUAAGUACAACAACGUGUACUGCUGCCUUAAUCUCAUCCAUGGUUUUGCCAAUUGUUGUGGCCAUUGUGAUUUUUAGUUAGAUGUAGCUAUUUUUUGGGCUCUUGAAUAGAAAGAUUACUAUUUUUAAUCGCACCUAAAAAGCUCUAAUAGGUGGAUUAAUUCUCCAAUAAAGGGAAACAGCCGUCAGAGAACACAAGACAGGACACCAUGAACUGCUCGAUAAAUUGGAGAUUCAGAGGCCUGGAACCAGUCACUGAUCUCACACUUUUGGCCGCUCCCUUUUUGAUUUUAAUGUGAAAUGAAGUGGUUUUGAUUAUUCAGCUAAACUGUUAGCUUGUUUACAACCUGUCUGAUCAGACUUUGUUGUAACGAUGUCGUCUUGUUUCCAGAUCUUAGAAAUUACUUUCUUGAGUCCAAUGUUACCAUAGCUACAAAAAUAAAAACCCAAGUUUUUAUAAAGCGGAACUAUCCUUUAAAGGUGCUCUAAGCGAUGUUGGGUGACCUUACUUCUUGUUGACGUUCAAAGUAUUUUCAAACAAAACGAGAAUAGCUCGCCCCUCCCUCGUCCUCAUCCCGUCCCCUCCCCCUCCCUUCCGUGCCCCCAAAUCCUUCUUGUCUGUUAUUGGCUGGAACACUGUUUGUUACGUUUGGUGGUGCAGGUUGGGCACAGUUUGUUUUUGUUGCCGUUUGGGGGAGCCUUGGCUGUCUACAGAGAUCGCGUUUUUUCGUGUGUUCAGCUCGCCGAUAAUGAGGAGAUGUUUGCUGUAUGUGACAACAAAUGUUGUAGCCUAAAAAACGCACAACAUCGCUUAGAGCACCUUUUAAUUUAAGAAAACAAUGGCAGUCUUCAGUUUUUUCUUUAUGUUUCUGUUUUGGAAGUUCACAAGUAGCGUAAUGCAUGUUCUUCCCAGUUUAAUGCAAGUACAGCCCCAUUGAUUAAUUAAGAUGAUCAUGUUAGAAUUAAGCUCGGCAGUGAGGUUAUCAAUUAAUAAUCUGACUAAACCUGUUGAGGGUUUUGAUUUGUUCACUGUUUUGUAUCAAAAUGUCCAAAUAUUCAUCAUGCACUAUCCAAGUGAAGAAAAGAAAUCUCCUACUUAUAUUUUAAACAAUAACUGCAGUUGGGAGGAAACCUAUGUAUCAAUAUAGCAUCUACGGUACUUUAUUGUAUCUUGUGAGAAUCACAUGGUAUCACUGAAUGUUGUCACUGAUUGUAAUUAUCUAUAAUUGCUGUCAAAUUCUUCAAUAUCUGAGCUCUGUAGGAGUCCUUACUAACUGAUAAUAAAAAAAAGAAAAAUCUGUGCUCCUCAGUGAAAGUCCUAUUUGAUUAAACACAGUUCUUUAAUAGCUCAAUUUCGUUGGCACAAACUGAAAAGAAUCCAGUGACAAAUAUUUGUAACCUUUCACGGCCGAUUGUGUUUAAUUCUACAGCUAGCCUCUAUAGACGUGAUUUAGAUGCUACGUCUUAUAUUCCUGUGAAAUGACCGCCGCCAUUGACCUGUUGGGAGCUCGUCUGAACUAUUUCAAAUGUGGAGUGUUUGCCUUGCAGCGUGAGAUUUGUCAUCACCUCUGCUUUAUGAGCUCCUAUAGGAAACGGUGUCUUAGUAGAACUGUCAACGUGCAUGGAUUGAUUGUAAUGAUUUUAUGGCUCUAUGUAAUAUUUAUGGACCACAUGUCCGCCGCCAUCCAUCAUAUGCAUUGUGGUAGCGUCAUGCAGCAUCGUGCCAAGGGACCGUUGCUACGGUAUGACAACAACUCCACUUUUUUUAAAUUGACUAUGGAAUCACUGCCACAUUGGAUUUGUAGGCCUACUGCUCUGGGUGAUGAAUAAGGAAUACCAAGCUGUAUAUUUUGAAAGCGAGCCUUUGUCCUUGUAGGAAAGCUAUUUCAAAUGAGAAGAUGUGUUUAUUUCAUUGUAAUUAUUUAGAAAAUCGACGACCUUAGAUUCAGCUCAUAUACAGGCUCUAAAACAACUAUGAUUGUGGUGAAAUUCAACCCAUAAGACCCAUAACAAGCAAUAGAUUAUGAAAAGCAAAGAAGGUGUUUUUUUUUCUGACGUCAAAACCGUAUUUAUCUAGGCAUUUGUUUAAUAAAAUUGUGCACACUGGGCCCGUGACAUUUCCACAUCAGAGGUCGCUGGAACACAAAGGAAACGUGAUUGCAGUUCUACUUGUCUUAGAGCAGAAAAUAAGAACACUGCAAUAUGGAUCCAUAUAUGGAAUACGUCACAUUCUCAGUUCAAUCGACUCCGUUCUCUCAGCUAGUAGCCGUAGCCUAGCAUCCCUCAGUUCAGUCAGUCCACAGCUGUCUGUGUGUUAAUACGUGAACCAGUGUCUGUUUCUCUGCAGUUUAUCGUUGUGUUUCAUCCGUAUCAUCAAUGAACCAGUGACAGUUUGAACCUCAAAUGGAGACCCUUAUUCUUCUUGUACCGUCUUGACAUUAGACAACUGCGUCCUCUAGCUUUUUGUCCACCAAUCAGAUCUUUUACUUUAACGGUGCGUUCUGUUGGCUAGCUGCUUUCAUUUAAACCUCUCUUCUCUUGUGACCAAAGUCACCUGAUGGCAAACACAACUACUACUAUUGCUACUACUAUUCAAUGCUGUAACGUCGUAAAUCUUGCUCUUGUGGCUUCUGCAUGAAUUCAAGAAAAAAAAUAAGAAAUAGGACCGAUGUUUCACUGCCCUUGAUAGAAAAAAAAAAAAAAGAAAAAGAAAAAAAUCUUUUAUGGACUGUUAGGCUACAAGUUGUAUAGUGAGUGAUACUGUCCCUAACCCACUGUAUAAUGUUCUUGUUAUAACUAUUGCUCUAUGACAAGCUUAUAGCAUCAAUAUAUGGGAAUAUUUGGUAGAUUUAUAUUGUGUUAUAUUGUGAUAGCAUGUACAUAAAAGAUACCUCCUCUGCAAUAAAUAUUUAUAUGAAAAUUAA